CUGGUUAAGGAGCAGAGAAAUUCUAAAUCCGUGUGUUUGUGGGAUAUCUUUUCUUUGGUUUCAGUCAUUCAGUUCAGAGAAACACGGGGACUGAACUUGUUAAUUUCUAUAUAUGUAAACGCAGAAAUAAUUUCAACACUUUUAAAGAAAAGUAUAGAAACGCAAUGAAUUCGCAUUGAUUUUUCUCUGUUUUGUACUUUAUGGAUUGUCGAUAGAUUCGAGGAAAGAAUGAUUUUUGUUUUCUACAGCUACAGAAAGUUCUCUUCUUUUUUCGUGUGGACCGAGCAGAGGAGAACGGAGAAAAGCAAAGCUAAAUACUAUUUGACAUCUCCAACAGCAUUUUCCUUCUUCCUUGAUCGGCAGAGAUACUUUGAAUUCACAAGGGCUUAUGCCCAUUAGGUAUGGCUGAGAAAGGGCUAAGCUCACCACCAUCCACAAACCCAUCCUGGCUCUUGCGGUCAAGUCCGUUGGUUCAAUGGCGGUUUCAUAUACUAACAGCUCUGGUUUUUGUUGGAAUGGUUGGUGUUUGGAGCAUAGAUGGGUGCAGUGUAAAGAAUGUUAUUGAAUCGUGGAGGUUCAAGCAAGAGUUUCUAAGCAGGAGAUUUAACGCACAGCCUGCAAAACCCACAAAUCUAACCCAAGAAAUCCAUCAAAAUUUCUCUAACAACUUUAACACCACCUAUUUCCCGUUGCCUCAGCACAACAAUACCCAGAACAGUACCACUAGCAGGAGCAGUCCUCCCAAUUACAGUAUUCUGAACAACGAUGAUAACAAUGUCUCUGCUCAGAAUUAUUCAGAUGGGUUUCUGGAUAAGCCAACUGAGAAAGAAUCAGAAGAAGCUAAAGGAAAGUGGGUAUCAACUGAUUUGAACCCAAAAUUCACUUCAGAUGAUAAUAACGUUUCUGCUCAGAAUUCUUCGGAUGGGUUUCUGGAGAAGCUGAAGGAGUACGAAUCAGAAGCGAUUGUAAAGUGGGUAUCAACCGAAUUAGAUCCACGUUUGACUUCAAAUCUUCUUUCUAAGUGGCUUGCUCCUGGAGGUGAGCCUUGCAGGGACUCUCGUGCGGUGGACAUUGUGAUUCCUGGAUUGGACGGCCACGAUUCGAUUGAGCUCACCGCUGGGAAUAGUCAUGAAUUUAUUUUCCAAGCAGUGGAUGAGUCCAAGAAUCCUCGCUGUUUAGGUGGGGAUUACUUUGAGGCUGAUCUUUCGGGGGAGGCAUGGAAGUCUCGGCCUUUAAUAAAAGAUUUUGGAAAUGGGUCCUACUCGAUUUCGCUUCAAGUUCAUCCUGAUUUUGCUGGUGAAUAUCAUCUGACUGUAAUUUUGCUUUUCAGGCAUUUUGAGGGUCUAAAAUUUUCGCCAUCAAGAUUUGUCUAUGAUAAAGAAUUGCGUAAGGUUCAAAUCAGGUUUGUGAAAGCUCAUUAUCAGUUGCCACAAUUACAAGUUUGUGAAAAAUCUGAUUUCACUAGAGAUCUUUGGGUAGGGAGGUGGACAAGGCAUGGAAAGAAUGAUGAUUGUGAAAUCAGUAAUGAUGGGCGGUAUCGGUGCCUGCAACCAUAUUUUCCAUGCCAAAGUCCAUGGUGUGAUGGUUCCUUAGGCUUGUUAGAGAGUAAUGGUUGGGUUUAUUCUAGUCAGUGUUCCUUCAGGCUGUUUUCAGCUGAUUCUGCUUGGAGUUGCCUAAAGGAUAGGUGGAUUUUCUUUUGGGGCGAUUCCAAUCAUGUUGAUACUAUAAGAAACAUGCUCAAUUUUGUCUUGGAUUUGUCUGAAAUAAAAUCUGUUCCUAGACGGUUUGAUAUGAAUUUUUCAAACCCAAAAGAUGCAUCUGAAUCAGUUCGAAUUACCAGCAUUUUCAAUGGUCAUUGGAAUGAAACAAAGAAUUACCAAGGAUUCAAUUCUUUGAAGGAUGAAGGAUUUAGAAAUUUGUUGAAGAAGUACUUCUCGGAAGACACUGUGCCAGACACUAUAAUCAUGAAUUCUGGUUUACAUGAUGGCGUAUUUUGGUCUAAUAUCAGACAAUUUUCAGCUGGAGUUGAUUAUGCAGUUUCAUUUUGGAAAGAAGUUACUGAUUCUGUGAAGCAAAGAGGAUUAAUAGUUCCUCAAAUCUUUUAUCGUACCACCAUAGCAACUGGUGGGUAUGCUAGGGCACUAGCAUUUAAUCCCAACAAGAUGGAGGCAUUUAACUGGGUGGUGUUGGAUAAAUUUAGGCGAGCCCAACUGCUUUCUGGUGUGAUUGAUAAUUUUGAUAUGACUUUUCCUUGGCAUUUUGACAAUCGUUGCAACGAUGGGGUGCAUUAUGGCAGAGCUCCAGCGAAGAUGAAGUGGAGAGAUGGUGAAAUCGGACACCAGUAUUUUGUAGACCUUAUGUUGGCUCAUGUGCUGCUUAAUGCUGUGUGUGCAAGAUAGUAAAUAAAGUGGCUGGAUUGUUAUUUGGGGAUUCUUGUUUUGGGGAUGGAGCACUAACAUGGCGGCUUUGUGAAGCUGACAGUGCCAGGAGUUGCAAGCAAACUUGGAAUCCCCCGUUAACCUGGUGUCCAAGUGAGUUUCACACGUAUUGUUCUUUCAAUUAGAAUCAGCAUUCUUUAUUUGUUUAUAUUUAUAUUAUAUUGCCACAUAUGGUUUUUGAUACUUGUAGAUUAUGAGAGGUUCUUCCCCAAUUUAUCAUGUGGUAUUGUAAUUAUUGGAUAGAUUCGGUAGGGUAUAGCCCUUUUUCUAAGUUUAGGAGUUCAUCAUACAAUUGAAAUUUGCAGAGCAUCUAAACUGGUUUUGAGUUGAUUUCCUUGCCUUGGCAGGUCUAAACAAAUUUCAGUGAAUGUAUCUCAGAUGAAUUUGUGCUUUGUUUGAUCAUUAAUGGGAUUUAGCAUUUGUCAGAAGAAGCUGUUGUUGUUGUGUAUUGUUUAUUUUGAUACGUCAUCCUUGCCAUUUGCAACUAUCAGAACUUGAAUCGGUAAUUAAGAAGAUAAUGUUGAUUAAUUUUUGAGAGAAACUGUUGUCCAUAUGCUAUGCAUGGUUAUUACCAAUUCUGAACUUUGAUGUUAUUAUAAAUUAUGAAGGCUUACUUUCUUUUUGAAAAUUCUCGCAAUGUUUGGGUUUGAGGCCUUAGAAACUAUAAAACUUUUAUGGAUUUUUAAUUUUAUGGGUUUUUAGAAUUUCCUUAUUUAAUAUUGUGGGAAAUCGAAUGGUGUCUUAAAACAAACAAAAUCCCUUUAUCAUUAAAAUAAAGGGAUUUCACAAAACCACAUCUGAGUAGCUUAUCUCAAUUCUCAACUAGAUUUAAUGUUUUCUCUUUUCUCUCUUGGGUUCUUUGUCUUCUGAGACCUAGAGUUUUUGUUUCUAUCGGGACUCUGCCCUUCCCGAGUAGGGGAUGACCUUCUUCUUCCUUGCCUAGAUUAUCCCUUCCUCACUGUCGGGAAGGUUUUAUGACCUUGCAGGUGGAGGGCCGAUCUCUGAAGACUGCCAUUUCUCUGCUUGUGUCUCAUCCAGCUAAAGGCAUGAGAAAUCUGAACUUCGAUCGUUGGUUUGAUAUGAGGUAUGGUGCGAGUGAGACACUGGAUGAGCUAAGUCUUCGUCGCCCAUUGUGAAUGGACGUGCGAUUGCUGCUUCGCUAGAACCACGAUCUCUGGUUUUGUUAGGCUCCCAUGGCUUUGAUCUCCCUUGUUCCCUAUGUCCCUAGUGUCGGUAGAUUCUUGGUGCAACUCUCUGGGUUUAGCUUUGUAGAAUGGCUGUUACCUUUCUAUAUGGCCAAAUUGAAUGGUCUGUUUUGGUCGGCGAUUUGGUAGUAGCUGCUUGUGUCAUUCCGGGUUGAUGAUUCGGGUGAAGGAUCCAGCACGUAGUCUGGGUUUAGUUUAGGCUUGGAAAUUUGGGUCUUUUUCUUAUGGACUAAGACAAUAAGAUAAAGCUAGGGUUUUUUUAUUUUUUAGGCUGCACUACGAUGUUUUGUGCUUAAAACUCAAAUUAUGUAAUUUUUCCUCUA